AUGCUGAUGGCGCUCACGCCUGGCCGCUGGUGCGACUCGAGGCUGACAGAGGCGCUUGCCUCUGGGGAGCGCUUCCCCGUCUUUUGCUAUGGCAGCAAUGGCAUCGAGCAGAUGCGAGACCGCUGCCGCAACGGCGGCCUCACGUCGUGUCGUGCCCGUCUUCCGGACGCAUCGCGCGUCUUCGGCGGCUGGAGCGAGCGCUGGGCCGGCGCGGUUGCAUCGGUCCAGCCUCUCGCCGGCCACGAGGUUCGAGGAAGCGUGGUCGAUCUCGACUCGGCGGAGAUUGAGCUGCUCGACUCCUUCGAGGCGACCAACCCGGACGCGCCAUACGGCCGCACUGGCGCGGUGUACCACCGCCAGGACGUCGUCGUGCUCGUCCAGCGCGAGGCGGGCGGGCCCGAGGUGGCGGCAGUCGCGCUGGUGUACGUCAAAGUGGACGCGAGCUGGCGCGGCCCGCCGAGCCAGCGCUACGUGGACGCAUGCGUGCGCAACGUGCUCCAGUUCUGGGACGGCAGCGAGGUCGAGACCAUCUGCACGAGGUAG